AUGGUCUCAGUACCUACAGAAACGAAUAUUCAACUAAAUAAAGAUUUUGAUCUAUCAAAUAAUUCACUUUCUUUUUUAAAAUUUGUAACACAAUCUAUGGAAAGUGAUAUUGAUGGCGGGGUGGAAGGAAAUUCUUCAAAUAUAUCUAAACCAAGAACUUUAGGAGAUGUAUUAAAAAGUGGUGAUCAAAUGUCAGCUGAUGAAACUUCUUCAAAUGUCAGUACAGAAGGUCUUGAUCAUGGAGACACAAUAGAUAAUCAAAAUAAUUUAUAUGGAGAAAAGGAAAAUGGGCAUUCAAGUAAAUCAAAUUCACCACAUAGCGGUGAGGGUGGUAUAAAUGGUAGUGGUGAUAAUUUUAAUGAUCCAAAUGGUUCUAAUAAUUGGGGAAGAGCACCAGGAAGAAAAAAAACUCAUCCUGUAUGGUUAUUUUUUAAAGAUCUAAAAGAUAGUGGUUUAGAUGAUGUCGGCAUUGUUUGUUUACAUUGUGAUUGGAAAGGUACCGACAAAAGUCCAAAUAAUCUCAAGAUCCACUUAAAGAAAUGUCAUGCCGAAGAUGGAAUUUAUGAAAAAUAUUGCGAAGCUUUAGCAAAUACUCCAACACAACCAUAUGCAAAAAGAAAAAGAGCUAAUGAGGGGUUUGAUCAACCUUCAAUUCCAUCGAAGAUAAGUAAUAAUAGUAGUAUAGGCAAUACUGGAAUUAAUCCACUUGAAUUGUUUGCAUCACUUGCUGCAAAUAAUCAGAUAGGAAAAAGUCCAACUAUAGAUGUUAAUAGUGAUAAUUUUAAUGGCGUUUUUAAACAAAAGACAGAGAAUGAUGAUCCAUUUGUGAAACAAGCAGUAGAAAAUCAGCAAAGUAAUCUUAAUUUUGAUACAUUUAUAAAUAUAGCUCAAUCAGAAGUUAAAAAAACAGAGGGUUCAAGACUUAAUGAUGCUCUUAAGUUAGCGGCACUAAAUCCAUUACUUUUUUCAACAACCAUGGCACAAAAUUCUAAUACAGUUACACCAAAUAUUUUAGCUCAAAUAUCAAAUAAUGUUCAAAGUAGUCCUUUAAGUAUAUUCAAUAAAAAUGUUCCAGUAACUCCGAAAAAAGAAAUUUCUUCUGGUCAGUCAAAUUCAAAAUUUGUCCUAGCGGAUGAAAAUUGUUUUCAUAAUCUUCUUUCUAUUGCCAAAGAUAUGGAUAUUUCAAUGACAUACUCGUAUAACAAUCAACAUGAAUUUGUAUUUUCCUUGAAAGAUACAGAUAGUAGACCAGAUAUAACUGGAAAAGCAGUAGUUCUUAGAGAUUACCCAAAUGAGGUAAAGUUAUACGAAAGAAAUGAUGGUAGUAUUUCAGAAUGUGAAACAUUCAAAAAAGCUGAUUGGUCACAGAUGCAUUGGGCUCUUCGUGGAAAGAUACAAAAUUUAUUAUUUAAUAACAUACCCGGUUACCAGUGA